GCCCCGCCCGCCAGGCUCCACCGGCUCCUCCUCCCCGCGGAGUCGCAGCCGCAGGGCGCGCGGUGCGAGGCCGGCCGCGAGGGCCAGGGACGCCGCGUCCCGCGUCCCGCUCCCGGGGGCCCCGACGGGAGGGCGCGCUGCUCGGGGCCCAGCUGCCGAAGACCCGCGUCGCUCUGCACGGCGUCGCCAUGUCCUCGGUGUUCGGAAAACCCCGCGCGGCCGGCGGGCCGCAGAGCGCGCCCCUCGAGGUCAACCUGGCCAUCCUGGGGCGCCGCGGGGCCGGCAAGUCUGCCCUGACCGUGAAGUUUCUGACCAAGAGGUUCAUCAGCGAAUAUGACCCCAACUUGGAGGACACCUACAGCUCCGAGGAGACUGUGGACCACCAGCCUGUCCACCUGAGGGUCAUGGACACUGCAGACCUGGACACGCCCAGGAACUGUGAGCGCUACCUGAACUGGGCCCAUGCCUUUCUGGUGGUGUACAGCGUCGACAGCCGCCGGAGCUUCGAGGGCAGCAACAGCUACCUGGAGCUGCUCUCCGCGCACGCGAGGGAGACGCAGCGCAGCUACCCUGCCCUGCUGCUGGGCAACAAGCUGGACAUGGCCCAGUACAGGCAAGUCACCAAGGCAGAGGGUGCGGCUUUGGCAGGCAGAUUCGGGUGCCUGUUUUUCGAGGUCUCUGCCUGCCUGGACUUUGAGCACGUGCAGCACGUCUUCCAUGAGGCGGUGCGAGAGGCGCGGCGGGAGCUGGAGAAGAGCCCCCUGGCCCGACCCCUCUACAUCUCUGAGGAGAGGGCCCUGCCGCACCAGGCCCCGCUCACCGCCCGGCACGGGCUGGCCAGCUGCACCUUCAACACCCUCUCCACGGUCAGCCUGAAGGAGAUGCCCACCAUAGCCCAGGCUAAGCUGGUCACGGUGAAGUCGUCCCGGGCCCAGAGCAAGCGCAAGGCACCUACCUUGACCCUACUGAAGGGCUUCAAGAUCUUUUGAGGCCCCUCUUCAGGAAUCCCGGACUCAACGGCUGGGCAGGGCUGCAGGACAAGCGCUGGCUUGUCACCACCGGCCUCUCCCUCUGAUGGACCAAUAGCCCUCACCCUCUGGUGGACAGCCGACCCUGCCUCCAGCACCAAGCAGUGUCCCUACGCUUAAUGCGCUGUGUGAGCUGGAGGGACAAGCGGGGAUGCUGCUCCUACUCCCCCCAGGCCUUGUUCUCCAUGGUAACCACAGCAUCUGUGACCCUGGAAGGAAAACAGCCACCGUGACAACCCGGAGACCUGGGGACAGCCGUAAGCAGGAAGAAAUUGCAAUGUCUGUCCUGCUGCCAUCACUCCUUCUGCUCCAGCUAGUCGGGCUAGCUGUGGCACUUAAUGGACAGUCUGGGUGGAGAGCUCCAAGGAGUGCUGUCAUUGUGGAGGCCAGAGAGCAGCCUGUGGCAGUGACAGCCCUGAGGUCCUUGCGCCACCUGGUGGACGGGAAAGGCAAGGCGGCUGUAGGUUUCCAAGGCUGGAGCCUGGCUCUCUGAGCCCCAGGCAACAAACCCCAAGGUUUGCCCAAGGAAAAUCUAGCUAAAAUAACCCAAUGGGACAGUGUGGGCGGGGCAGAGAAGUCCCAGGAAAAGGUAUUUCCUUCACUGUGCCUCUCAGUGAGGGCAGAAGGCUGGGCGGGGGCUGAGUUGUUGUCCAGCGUGAAGAGCCUGUAGAGUCCUUUCACCAGCAUACAGCGUCCCCUCGUUUUCCCACCAGUAAGGACUCUACCUAGACCCCCGGAACCAGCCGUCUCAAGUUUAACAGUAAAGGCUGCAGACCAAAGUUGUUCUCUCCAGUGACAACUACCCAGGGCUCCUGGUUGUAGCAACGCAUCCAGCGGGCGCUGGCAGCCAGCCCACUUGCAGAUAGGAACACCGUAUACCCGUUUGUAGUCUGGUCUGGCAGGACCCAGUACACUCAGCAAUGGGUCUGAGAGUUCACAGCCCACUUUUGUAGGAUAGAACCUAAAGCAUUUUGGGCUAAUAAAGCAAUUUUUUUCAUAAAUUAUUUGAAGGUGUCACCACAGCUUAUAUCAGAACA